GACGAGGACGAGGAUGAAGAGGAAGAAAAAGAAAAAAGCCUCAUUGUGGAAGGCAAGAGGGAAAAGAGGAAAGUCGAGAGAUUGACAAUGCAAGUGUCCUCGCAGAGAGAGCCGUUUACAAUUGCACAAGGCAAGGGACAGAAACUUUGUGAAAUUGAAAGGAUACAUUUCUUUUUGAGUAAGAAGAAAACGGAUGAACUUAGAAACCUACACAAACUGCUUUACAACAGACCAGGCACAGUAUCUUCAUUAAAGAAGAAUGUGGGUCAGUUCAGUGGCUUUCCAUUUGAAAAAGGAAGUGCACAAUAUAAAAAGAAGGAAGAAAUGUUGAAGAAGUUCAGAAAUGCUAUGUUGAAGAGCAUCUGCGAGGUUCUGGAUUUGGAAAGAUCAGGUGUAAACAGUGAGCUGGUGAAGCGCAUCUUGAACUUCUUAAUGCACCCAAAGCCUUCUGGCAAGCCAUUGCCCAAGUCCAAAAAAUCUUCCAGCAAAGGCAGCAAAAAAGAGCGGAGCAGUUCCGGAAUGGCAAGGAAGGGCAAGCGAACCAAAUGUCCCGAGAUUUUGUCAGAUGAAUCUAGUAGUGAUGAAGAUGAGAAGAAAAACCAGGAAGAGUCUUCAGAUGAUGAAGAUAAGGAAAGUGAAGAGGAGCCGCCCAAGAAGACCUCUAAAAAGGAAAAGCCGAAAACAAAAGCCACCGCAAAAAGCAAAAAAUCCGUCAAAAGUGCGAAUGUGAAGAAGGCCGACAGUAGCACCACCAAGAAGAAUCAAAACAAUUCCAAAAAAGAAAGUGAGUCUGACGAUAGUUCUGAUGAUGAACCUUUAAUUAAGAAAUUGAAAAAGGCACCCACCGAUGAAGAGUUAAAGGAAACGGUCAAGAAGCUGUUGGCAAAUGCCAACCUGGAGGAAGUCACAAUGAAGCAGAUUUGCAAAGAGGUUUAUGAAAGUUACCCUGCUUAUGAUUUAACUGAAAGAAAGGAUUUCAUUAAAACAACUGUUAAAGAGUUGAUUUCUUGAGCAGACCGAGUUCUUCAGAAGUUGGAGACCGCAGACUUGGCCCUAUGGACUCGCAGCUGAUUCUUACCAGCAGAGACCGCGACUUCCUUUCCUACAUCCUUGUUACGCAGUGUUGGUAGAAAUUACUGUCGACCUUUUGAUCUCCACGUGUUAGAUGAAUCUGACUUUGCCGUUUUUAAUUACAUUUCUGUGCACUGUUUAGUUUAAACUCUUGCAUGGCUGUAAUCGUUCCUUGCUUUUACAGUUGUAUUUUGUACAUUUUGGCUUUCUUUAUGUUAAGAUUGUAGAUUCUCGUACUGUUGGGGUUUCUAGUGUGCUUAUUAGCUUCUUUUAGACGGACAUACUUUUAAUCAAGUUCAGCAAAAGCUGUCAUUACUGGCGUCCAUACAUGCGGAGAAUGUUGCAGUAUUUAUAUGUGAAGUAUUUUGAAGACACAUCUCUUCCGUCAGUCUAAAAACGCAGUUCUAUGUGUUCCUCAUAUUAAAUAUAUGAGCUACUGUUGUCAGAGGCAAAUGGAACCUUUUCUCCUGCAUGUGUACAUAUAUGUCCAGUGUCAGCAUGACAGGAGUGACAGAUAUUAUUUUUAUAUUUCUAAAAACAAAUUUGUUGUAUAUAUAGUUUUUAAAUUUCUUUUGUGCAGAUCAAUUUUUAAACUCAAAACAGGUGGGUAUCUUUAUAAACUGAGGGGUUAGUGUGUGGCCAGGCUGGUGUGGCAGAGCAGUGAGGCAGUGUGGGGACCACACUGCAGAACAGGCCUCUCCUGCUCUGCGUGGAAAAAAUGUCAUCAAUUUGAAAUUGUAGGCCACCUCUACAAAAUGUCACUAGUGGGCUUUAUAUAAACAUAGACCAAGACGAAAACGUCUACUUUGGGGGAGAGGGUGGGGUGAAGGAUAAGCACACGUGGCUUGUAUUUCAUGAAAUGAACUGAUUUUUAUUAACUGCUUAGCUUAUAUGAAAUGCUGAAAUUUAAAGGACCCCUGGCCACCCUCAUAACGGGGAGCAAAGUAGCAGGUAUAAUGCCACAAGAAGAUAGUGUGCCCACAGCAGUGGGUGCAUGCCAGUGUUUCUCAAAAGUGAUGAUAAACUUUCAUAUGAAGUUCCAUGUAUUUGUGGAAUCAGGGCUGUUGAGUUUUAACUUUUGGCCAAUUACGAUCCUAGGUGAUCAACAUAUGAACCACUUUUUCUGUUGACUGAAUUUGCUACAUCAUCUAUGAAUUCUAAGACAAAACACCCUUAUGAGAAAGCCCUGUGAUCGGCCUGUGGGGUUCUAGCUAACUCUGGACCACAGACAUAUGUGAAAAUGUGUGUAUUGACCGGUAGGAGCUGUCACAGCUUUGACUUGUGUUAAAGGUAUCUGGGAAAGGCAUACUUAAUACAAAUGAAAUAAACAAGCGUGCCCUAAGAAUUGGCCUUUGAUUUUAAGUAUUUAAUUUGUUCGUAUGAACUUUGUCAAUAAAAAUACAAAAUCCAUGGUGUCCUAA